GCUAAACUUCCUCUUUAGAACAACAUGAUGCUCAAGUCUGUCACAGAAAGCUUCGCCAAAGUGAUCCAUGGCUUAAAAGUGGGACACCUGACUGAUCAAGUCAUUCAGAGGAGCAAGAGAAUGAUCCUGGAUACCCUGGGCGUCGGGUUCCUGGGAACCAGCACGGAAGUGUUUCACAAAGCCAGCCAAUAUAGUAAAAUCUAUAGUUCCAACAUAUCCAGCACUGUUUGGGGUCAGCCGGACUUCAGGCUCCCGCCUACAUAUGCUGCUUUUGUUAACGGUGUGGCUAUUCACUCGAUGGACUUUGACGACACGUGGCACCCUGCCACUCACCCUUCUGGGGCUGUCCUUCCUGUCCUCACAGCUUUAUCAGAAGCCCUGCCUCAGAGUCCAAAGUUUUCUGGCCUUGAUCUGCUGCUGGCUUUCAAUGUUGGUAUUGAAGUGCAAGGCCGAUUAAUGCAUUUCUCCAAGGAAGCCAAAGACAUACCAAAGAGAUUCCAUCCCCCUUCAGUGGUAGGAACUUUGGGUAGUGCUGCUGCUGCAUCCAAGCUUUUAGGACUUAGCUUGACAAAAUGCCAAGAGGCCCUGGCUAUUGCUGUUUCUUAUGCUGGGGCACCCAUGGCAAAUGCGGCCACUGAGACCAAACCCCUUCAUACUGGCAAUGCUGCCAAGCACGGGAUAGAAGCAGCUUUUUUGGCGAUGCUGGGUCUCCAAGGAAACAAGCAGGUUUUGGACUUAGAGGCAGGAUUUGGGGCCUUCUAUGCCAACUAUUCCCCAAAAGUUCUUCCAAACCUAGAUUCCCACACUUGGCUGCUGGACCAGCAGGAUGUGGCCAUCAAGAGUUUUCCCGCACAUCUGUCUACCCACUGGGUGACAGACGCAGCUGCAUCUGUGAGAAAGCACCUCAUAACAGAGAAAGCCCUGUUCCCCACCGAGCACAUCAAGAGAGUUGUGCUCAGGAUUCCAAACGUCCAGUACGUAAAUAGACCCUUCCCCAACUCGGAGCACGAAGCCCGUCAUUCCUUUCAGUAUGUGGCCUGUGCCAUGCUGCUGGAUGGUGACAUCACAGUCUCAUCAUUCCAAAAACACCAGAUUAACAGGCCACAGGUGAGAGAGCUUCUCAGUAAGGUAGAGCUGGAGUACCCUCCAGACAACCUGCCAAGCUUCGACACACUGUACUGUGAAAUAAGUGUCACCCUCAAGGAUGGAGCCACGUUCACCCAUCGCUCUGAUACUUUCUAUGGUCACUGGAGGAAACCACUGAGCCAGAAGGACCUAGAGGCAAAGUUCAGAGCCAAUGCCUCCAGGACACUGUCCUGUGACACAGUGGAAAGUCUUAUAAAGAUAGUAGAAAAACUGGAAGACCUAGAAGACUGUUCUGUAUUAACCACACUUCUCCAAGGAUCCUCUCCACCAGAGGCAGCUUCGAAAUUAUUCAGAUGUAAUAAUUCUAUCACACAAUCUUUCCUGGGGUUUACCAACUUCUAAACGACUUUGUGUUUGAGGAGAUUUUGAUAAUUGCUGUGUAAAACAAGGGUCUGCUGCUUGUCUGCCCAGGAAUAAAGAGUUCAGAAACAGAACUAUAUUUAUUUGGAAGAAGUCCUGUCCCAUAAAUUUUGCAGGACAGUUCAAGUUACCUAAAUCAAAAUAAUAAAUAUGUGAGAAACACAAAAUAUUUUCUAAGCAUUCAUAAGGGUGAAAUUCAAGUCACCUGUGAUUUGCUUAUACAACUAAUCUUUUCAGAGGAAUUAUUUUGAACUUCGUGAACCUCAAGGCUUUAGAAGAUUAUGAACCCAUAUGUCUGUUUUCUGACAGUGGAGAAGGGCUCUGGUCUUUUGUGCCACCAAUGGAUUUCUUAGACCAUGGAUUACUCCCGAGCCCUCCACAGUGCAAGGGGUGCGAUUGGGGGAUUAGUGCGUUCAAAUCCUGCCUCUGCCACUUAUUAGACAUGGCCCUGGGCAUGUUACCAGGUGUCCCUCUGCCUUAGUCUGUAAAGCAGUUUUGUCUGUUCUGGACAUUCCAUAUGAAUGGAAUCAUAUAUGUAGUCAUGUGUGUCUGGCUUCUUUCACUUAAAUAAUGAUUUUGAGAUUCUUCCUCGUAUGUAUUAGUUCUU